AAAAUCCACUAUCAGUAAAUUAUUAUUGUGCACUAAAUUGAUUCAUGUGUUACAGAUCGUGGUGUGGUGGAUGAAUGGCUGAAAAUUGGGGAUAAGGAUUCUUUUCAAAUGGCUAGACGGCUGAUACGAGAAGAAGGUUUGUUUCGUGGAGGAAGCAGUGGAUCAGCCUUAUGUGCUGCAUUAAAGAUUGCAAAGUCACUAGAUGCCAACAAGAGAGUGGUUGUUAUCCUGCCAGACAACGUGCGUAACUACAUGACCAAGUUUUUUGUCUGAAUGAUUGGAUGCGAGAACGGAACUUUCUUGAAUAAUUAUAGAUACUUAAAUGACAUUGUUUGUAAUUUUUAUAAAAACUCCUAAAUGAAAUGAUUUAUCAAUUUA